AUGGCCCUCAGCGAUGCUGAUGUGCAAAAGCAGGGUGGUUUUGUCCACUACGGUGAAGUGACCAAUGACUUUGUGAUGCUGAAAGGUUGUGUGGUGGGAACCAAGAAGCGAGUGCUCACUCUCCGCAAGUCCCUGUUGGUGCAGACCAAACGGCGAGCUCUGGAGAAAAUUGACCUUAAGUUCAUCGACACCACCUCCAAGUUUGGCCAUGGCCGCUUCCAGACCAUGGAGGAGAAGAAGGCAUUCAUGGGACCACUUAAGAAGGACCGAAUUGCCAAGGAAGAAGGAGCUUAAUGUCAGGAACAGAUUAUAUAGCUGGUGGGAUCUCAAUAAAAGUUGUUUUCCAGUG